GGUCACCUCACCUCAACGGAUUGCUAUGCGGGCUCAUAGCUCGAUGCUUGAGGUCAAAUAACCUAGUACUAUGAAAUAUGAAAUCUGUCCAAUGGUCUCCGAAGUUCCUUCCCAAAGUCUGCCUUGAGCGACUCCAGGCCUGCGCCUCUUAGCGCCUCAGGCCGACGCACGAUGCAUCACCCGUCGUUCUUCCCAGCACAGCCUCGUGCAGAAACGAGACCCGAUGCGAUGAAUGCGAUUCCAGCCUACAGGGAGAGUUGAUAAGAUAUGGAGCCCUCGAAAUGUCUUUUCCGACCACCUUUGGCGAACACGGCAUCGAAAGUCAAAAGGCGGAUCGAGAUUUAUCCCACAUUCAAGGCUUUCAAAGCUCUUCGCAAUACUGCGGACCAACCUUCCUCAUACCUUGUGAAGAGCUAUGGCCUUUCUAUCAAGCAUCGCCAACGCCCCAAAUGACACCAGCCGCACCGCCCUCAUCCUCCGCAAAUUCCGUCUCCCUCUCGCGCUCCUCUUCGGCGCCUGCAUAACCGCAGGGACGACGUAUGCUCUCGUCCGGCGCGUCCAGGACCUUAUGGCCGGCGCUGCGGUUAACAACGACCCAGCCUAUUGGGCCGGAGUGGCCCGCGACAAAGCCUACGACCGAUGCUACAAUGGCUGCAACGAUUGCAGCGAUACAAACUGGGCGUUCAAUGCAUGCGCCAAGACUGCGAAGGCUGUUGUCCCCGGCGUAAUCUGUGACGGCAAUUUGAUGUGGAAUUGGAAAGUGGAGGAUAGGUAUCCGGCUCAGUGUUUGGAUGUCGUCGGGAAGAUGUACAAGGAUGAGGCGAUUAAGAAGAAGAAGAAAGGGUACCGGAAGCAGCUGGCGAUUAUUAUCCUUACGAUUCUUGGUGGGAUCGUGGGCACCCUUGUUGCAUACAAGCUUCUCGGUGUUGUCGCGAACAAGCUCGACAGGAGACGUAGGCUGAAUCCACGACCGCAAAACCGCCAGGUGCAAGAAGUGAGGGAGCCCUACCCAGGCUCGGACUCAGAGACCGGAGGUGGCAGCCCCUCCAGACGUCGUCCAAAGAAGACCAAGAUGUCAGCCAUCCGCCUCAAGCCUCUCGCCACGGCUGCAGCCCUCGCAUCCUCCGUCCGCAAAGCGACCGCCUGGCCAUGCACAGGCUACGGCGACCCCGUUGACGUUUACUUCCAGUCCCCAAACGCAACGAUAACAGCCGUGGUCCACGGCUGGUUCUCCAACUGCUACGACUACGUGUGCGGAUGGAGCUGCACCGGCGGGACCGAUUCCAACUGCACGCCGGUAUACUGCACGGGCGUAGACUAUAUUCCCGCGGACUAUGUGGACGCAGUGACGCCGAAGGUGGUGCAGUGUGGGUUUAAGACGCUGAAUGCGAGUGAGGUGGGGGACAACAAGCCUAGUGUUAGAGUUGCGAAUGCGUGGAUUGAGCGCAAGUUGUGGGUUACGGUGAGGGUCGAUCGGUUGAAUGUGACGGAUGAUGCGACCGCAGAGGAGGUGUUUUGUUUGCAUGCUUUGGGGGGCCAGUAGUAGGAUCAACUCGAUAAAGCCUGGGGAUCAAGCGGGGGGCUUUCGAGUCCGUAUUGAUUGUUGAUUGAUUUUCUCUUGUUCUUUUUCACAUCAGGAUUGGAACAAGGCUCCGUAUCGCGCUCCCCCGGGAUCAUCGUCUUUAUCAUCUCGUUCGCAUCCAUCGACCAUUUCGUCGAAGUCGUCAACCAACGGGCAAUGUCUCUUUCAGGGAAAGUUUCCAUGGUGAGGUCUGUUCGUGAGAGGCAAACGGAUCCGUGAUUCAUGACCUGAGGGACGGUGAGCCUUGAAUUCGCAUUGUGCUGCCUUCUUUUCAUGGAUGUGGUGAUAGUAACGGAGGGUCGUCGUUCUCCCCUGAUACGUGAAGGUGGCGUGAAAGGCCUGGACUCGGAAUGCCGCCCGCCUGUACGGAGGUGGGCGAGAAGUUCUUGGUUUUCCGG